GGACAUUUUUAUCCAAGAGGCUUUCAAAGAAGUUUAAAAAAAGUUGAAUACGUCUGAAAAUUCGUUGGACAUAACACCUGACGAGCCAGCGGAGAUGGAAGAUAUCUGACUCAGCCUCAUUCUUGGAGUUUACAAACACUAUGAUUUUGGGCCAAACUGUCAAGAUGAGUUUGAUGGACAUUUCCAAGAUUUUCUCACUGCUUCAACCCAAAGAAGAAGAUGAAGACAGCGAACAUUGCCAAGCUUUGAACAACGCAGUUAGCAGUGAUGACGUAGCUUUACUGGCCCAACUUCUAUCUCAGGACUCCUAUAGAAAAUGCAUAAACGCUCGGAGUGGGUGGGGCGUACCUGUCACCCCUUUGCGUACGGCAGCUGCUUUGGGACAUCUCCGCUGCCUGGAGUUGUUGCUAGAACAUGGAGCAGAGAUUGACAGCCUGGACGUGAAGGCGCAGACUCCUCUCUUCACCGCCGUCAGUGGGAGACAUCUGGACUGUGUUGUGGCUUUACUCAAGUCUGGAGCCGACCCCAACGGAAGCCAGUACAACAACUGCUCCCCAGUACUCACGGCGGCCAGAGAGGGCGACGUGGAGGUCCUCCGCGAGCUCCUACGGUACGGGGCGGAGGUGGACGUCAAACCCAAAGUCCCGGAGUGGGCUGCCAAUGCCACAGCCUGCAGGGGGCCUCUGUAUAUAUCUGCUGUUUAUGGACAUCUGGACUGCUUUAAACUGUUACUUCUCUAUGGGGCAAACCCUGAUUUUAACUGCACGGAUGAAAAGAUGCUGGCCAGGAUAAAGCAGCCCAAGACCAUCCUGGAGGUGUGUCUGCGCUACGGCUGCGGGGUGGAGUAUAUUCAGCUGCUCAUAGACUUUGGGGCAAAUGUGUAUCUGCCCACGCUGAUUGUGGACAAGACGACCAAGCAGAAUGAAGCGCUGUGUAUUCUGCUUCAACAAAGAGUUUGUCCCAGGACCCUGAUGUCUCAAACUCGACUCACCAUCAGAAAAUACAUCCUGGUGACAGAUAAGGAGCCGGUCAUAGACAGUUUUGACAUCCCUCUAAUAAUGAGGAACUACCUUAAGUACAACACAAGUGAGAUCAUGUAAUGGAUCUACCCAAAGCUACAGGAUAAACAAGUGGACUUUUAACUUUUAUUUUUCUCACUUUGUGCGUUUCAAACUGUUAAAAAGGUUUUAUUUAAUUUUAUUUUUUGGAGAGCCAUGUGAUCUCAAGGAUACAAUAUUUUCUAUUGGCUUUUAUUUAUAAAAUCUAUAAAUGAUAAGGUAUUUAAAAAUAUUUAUUUUACAUGCCACAUGUCAUUUUUAUACCACUGUGAGAUCUCUUUAGGGCAAUCAUUAAGCCAGAAACAAAAAAGCUACCGUCCUGAUUACCACUGAACACUUGAAAUAUUAUGGUACAAAUUAAUUGAGUGGUUGUUGUUCUAAUAAAAGUUUGAUUGUAUUAAUUAUUUUAUACUGUAUUUACAAAAGAACACCUUUGUUUAGAAUUGUGCAACUAAAUGCUAAUUAAAUUACUUUUCUGAAGUCUCCAUGGAGCUGUAA